AUGGAGAGCGUGGAGAAGGAAUGCGGGGCCCUCGGGGGUCUGUUCCAGGCGAUUGUCAACGACAUGAAGUGCUCCUAUCCUGUGUGGGAGGACUUCAGCGCCAAGGCCACCAAGCUGCAUUCUCAGCUCCGAACCACUGUUCUGGCUGCUGUGGCCUUCCUGGAUGCCUUUCAGAAGGUGGCAGACAUGGCGACCAACACCAGAGGGGCAACCAGAGAUAUUGGUUCAGCUCUGACCAGGAUGUGCAUGAGGCAUCGCAGCAUUGAGGCCAAACUUCGCCAGUUCACCAAUGCUUUGAUGGAGAGUCUCAUCACUCCUCUCCAGGACAAGAUUGAGGACUGGAAGAAAACAGCCAACCAGCUGGAUAAGGAUCAUGCAAAAGAGUACAAGAGGUCACGCCACGAGAUCAAGAAGAAGUCAUCUGACACCAUGAAACUACAGAAGAAGGCUCGUAAAGAGAUCCAGGGGCGAGUAGACCUGCAGCCUCAGGUGGAUAGUGCCAUGCAGGAUGUCACCGACCUGUGCCUGUUGAUGGAGGAGACAGAGAAGCAGGCGGUCCGCCGCGCCCUGGUGGAGGAGAGGGGCCGCUUCUGCACCUUCAUUGGCUUUCUGCAACCAGUCGUGAACGGAGAGAUCGCCAUGCUUGGAGAGAUCACUCACCUCCAGGCCAUCAUUGAUGACCUCACUGUGCUGACAACAGAUCCUCACAAACUGCCCCCUGCUAGUGAACAGGUGAUUAAAGAUCUGAAGGGGUCAGAUUACAGUUGGUCCUAUCAGACCCCUCCCUCAUCUCCCAGCAGCUCUGGCUCACGCAAGAGCAGCAUGUGCAGCGCCCACAGUAGUGCCUCCCGUUCGUCAGGAGGAGGCGGUAGUUGUGGUAUUGGCGGAGGUGGUGGUGGUGGAGGGUCCCAACCGCACUCACCCACCUCCUCCUCCUCCUCCUAUCGGUACCGCAGCAGCCUGCCGCACCAGCCUCUGCCGCCGGGGGGCAUCGCGGCACACCGCCUCAGCAGCGUCUCCUCCCACGACUCGGGUUUUGUGUCCCAGGAUGCUAAUAUCUACUCCAAGCCCCCGUCACCCAUGCCCUCGGACAUCACGAGCCAGAAGUCGUCCAGCUCAGCAUCAUCCGAGGCCUCAGAAACCUGCCAGUCAGUCAGUGAAUGCAGCUCCCCAACAACUGAUUGGUCCAAAGCAGGUCAGUAUGAACAGCCCGUGGCUGCAGCAGCAGUUCAGAGGAGAAAGGAGCCCCUCGAUAGACUGAGGGAGAGCGAAUCAUCCCCAGGCUCCCAGGGGUACGCUGGGACAUCACACCCAGAUGACGGCCAGAGAGGCAGGAUGACCCCUGCUACUAUUGCUGCCAAGCAUGGAGAGGAGGUUUCCCCAGCAGCCAGUGACCUGGCCAUGGUGCUGACCAGAGGACUGAGUAUGGAGCAGCAGAAGAACAGUAGAGACUCGCUGCUGUACUCCAGUGGAUACAGCACAGAGACCACAACCCCAUCCUGCUCUGAGGACACCAUCCCCUCACAAGGUUCAGACUAUGACUGCUACUCAGUGAAUGGUGAUGCUGAAGGCCCAGAUGGACAGACAGAGUUCGACAAGUCCUCCACCAUUCCUCGUCACUCUAAUAUCGCCCAGAACUACCGGCGCAUGAUCCAGACCAAGAGGCCAGCCAGUACAGCCGGCCUACCCAGUGGUGUGCAUGUUCAUGGGAUAUCAGCACAAUCUGGUGGAGCUGCUGGAGGCGGAGCAGGGACUCCAGGCACUGCCACCAUUCGACGAACCCCAUCUACUAAACCAGGUGUUAGGCGCACAUUGUCCAAUGCGGGUCCCAUCCCGAUCCGACCACCUAUUGUGCCUGUCAAGACCCCCACGGUUCCCGGAGAGUCACAUUCACCUGGGGCAGGGGGUGGUGGGUAUGCAGCUGGAGGACAUUCGGGUGGUGUACCUGUGCGUGUAGGCAGUGAGGAGUGUGUGUUCUAUGCUGGAGUGGAGGACGCACAGGGUGCGCUUGAUUAUGUGAAGGCGUCACCCAAGCGCCUCAGCCUGCCUAACACUGCCUGGGGAUCAGGGGCAGCAUUAGAGGUCUAUGCCCAACAGCAUGGGGGUCUUGUAAUGGGGACAGGCUCAGGGGCCGGAUCACAGGAGGAUCAGAUGAUCGCGGCUAAUCGGCAUAGUCUAGUAGAGAAGAUCGGCGAGUUGGUAGCCAGUGCACACGCCCUUGGGGAGGGGCAAUUCCCUUUUGCCACUCUUCCCGAUGACCCAGGCCUGCCACCAACUGGCUCCACCGAUGCUCAGCCAGGGACAGAGGAGGCAGACGGGUCCGGUGAUAUGUUGACCACUAUCAGGAGAGGAGUCCGCCUUCGCAAGACUGUGUCCAAUGACCGCUCUGCACCUCGCAUGUUGUGAUUGGGGGAGAAGC